UACUUUUUAUUGCGUCUCAAGAGAGGAAAUUAGUGUACUAGUAUUUUUGGUGGUGGGCUAUGAAGUGCUUCACUUUCUCCAAUGGGGAGAAGAAGGAUGAACUGAAGACCACAAAGUCCACCUCAGUUCGGUCCUGGGCAUCCUCAUCCAGUGGUCUUGAGCUGAGGAGAUCAGGGUCUGAGUUCAAUUCACAAAAUGUCUCGGAGAUGAGCACAGAAUCUAUUGGUCGCUCUCCAUUUCCAAGUUUUUCUCAGAAACCCAACAAUCUUAGAGUGUUCGUUUACUCAGAGUUGAAGACAGCCACCAGAAACUUCAACAGGUCACUUAUGAUCGGGGAGGGAGGGUUUGGGUGUGUUUACAGGGGUGUGAUCAAAAGUUCAGAAGACCCACAGAACAGGAUAGACGUCGCUGUUAAACAGCUAAGCAGGAGAGGAUUGCAGGGGCACAAGGAAUGGGUGACGGAAGUAAAUGUCCUUGGUGUGGUUGAACAUCCAAACCUUGUCAAACUAGUCGGAUAUUGUGCUGAAGAUGAUGAAAGGGGAAUCCAGCGUCUUCUGGUUUACGAAUAUAUGCCCAACAGGAGUGUUGAGGACCAUCUAUCACCUCGGUCACCGGCUGCACUUCCUUGGGCCAUGAGACUGAAAAUUGCUCAAGAUGCAGCUCGUGGCUUGGCAUACCUCCAUGAGAAAAUGGAAUUUCAGAUAAUAUUCAGGGAUUUUAAAGCUUCUAACAUUCUGUUAGAUGACCAAUGGAAUGCAAAGCUGUCAGACUUUGGAUUGGCAAGGCAAGGCCCUUCAGAAGGCUUAAGUCACGUCUCAACAGCGGUUGUAGGAACCAUUGGUUAUGCGGCUCCAGAAUACGUUCGAACUGGACGCCUCACAGUCAAGAGUGAUGUUUGGAGCUAUGGAGUCUUCCUCUAUGAAUUAAUCACAGGUAGGCGUCCGUUGGACCGAAACCGCCCCAAGAGUGAACAGAAUCUCUUGGAAUGGGUGAAGCCAUACCUGUCAGACGUUAAGAAAUUCCAGCUUAUAUUGGAUCCAAGGCUUGAAGGGAAGUACUCCCUUAAGUCUGUACAGAAGCUUGCAGCUGUUGCAAACCGAUGCUUGGUGCGGUAUCCAAAAGCCCGCCCCAAGAUGAGCGAGGUGUUGGUGAUGGUGGACCAGAUUGUGGCAGCAACAGAUGUUGGAAGCCCUCUAGCAUCAAUUAGGAGUUUGUCACCAACAGAUGCUGGAAGCCCUCAAUCAUCAAUUAGGAGUUUAUCA